AUGUCGGAUAAAUUUAUUGGAUUUAGCGAUGCUGCUGUUUCAUGCCUUGCUUCUCUGAAUGGCGGUGUCAUAGCGACAGAUGUCGACUGGCAGCGCUUUAAGUACGGAUGCUUAUGUGGACAAUGUAUCUCGGGAUUUCUGGGUCCUUGGAUGCGUUUCGCCCUGGAAUGUCAAGCAGAAAUGUGGUCUGAUCUCCUUCUUGAAGAUAUUAACGACGGAAAAUUCUGGAUUCGAUCUAACUGUACUUUUCUCACUUUCCUCCCACGUGAGGUUCGAAACAAGCUCAAGACUAAUCAGUAUAUGAGGAAAGAGUUUAUGAAACUCUGCGACCAUAUCGCAGCUUGCCUCCAAAGAAAUAUGAUCCCAAACGAACAAAAUGUGAAGAUGGUAUUGCGUGAUGCAAGAGAGAGGUCGUCUUCUAGAAACUUCUUACAGCGUGGUGGGAGCGUUGGUGCAGUUGCCACCAUGCUUUUUCAGAGGGCCGUGGAAAGUGACGAAUUAUCUGGAGAUCCCUUGCACAUGGAGGCUUUCGAGGCCAAGAUUCAGCGGCUUCCUGAAUGCCAAAAUGACCACGAAUUUGGCUUUACCAAGGAGGUAUGCGCAUCCGAAACAUUAAAGCACUCGAGGACAAGCAGGAAGUCCGUCCGCCAGAAACGAGACCGUCGCAGAACCAGCCUAAUAAAGAAAUCGUCCGAAUAUAGCCGGAUGUGCGGGGCCGAUGUUUGUUUAGGCAUACGCAUCAGGGAGACGGGCCGAGUGUAUAUCUUUUCUGCGGAUGCUUCGGGAUUUUGGGCAUUCGUAGGGUCACAAUUGGACUCCUAUUAUCCAACUCCAAGCCAGAUAACUGAUAUGGACGUUAUCAAUUCAAGAGACCCAGAUUUGUUGGCGGAUAAACAGACGAAAGAAACGGAAGGCCUAGAGUCCGACUAA